UCGAUGGUCCCAGCGGUCUUUUCCAGCCCAAUCGAUUCUGUGACUGUACCCCGGCAGGAGCACAAGGCCAGGGCCAGGCUCGGGACACGCCGCCAGCCCCGGUGCCGCGGAGCUCCGCCCCUGCCCGGCCCGAGCCCGCAGCGAUGGCGGCCCGGCUGUGCCGGCUGCCGAGGCGCCUCACGGCCGCCUUCAGCAGCGCCGCGGCCGACCCGCCGGCGGAGCCGCUGACGGAGCGGCGGCAGGCGGGGGGCGUGCGCACCAUCGUCCUGAACAACCCGCGGCGGCGGAACGCGCUGUCGCUGCCCAUGCUGCAGAGCCUGCGGCGGGACCUGCUGCACGACGUGAAGAGCCGGGAGCUCCGCGUCAUCGUCAUCGCGGCUGAAGGACCUGUAUUUUGUUCUGGCCAUGAUUUAAAGGAACUGUCAAGUGAAGAUGAUGUGAAGCAUCAUUCCCAAGUAUUUGAAUUAUGUGCAGAGGUUAUGACUUUAAUCCAGAAACUUCCAGUGCCAGUGAUUGCCAAAGUAAACGGCUUGGCUACAGCAGCCGGCUGCCAGCUCGUGGCAAGCUGUGACAUCGCAGUGGCAAGUGAGAAAUCUCAGUUUGCUACUCCUGGAGUAAACAUUGGGCUGUUCUGCUCCACACCAGCUGUGGCCUUGGGCAGAUCUCUUCCAAGAAAGGUGGCACUGGAGAUGCUUUUCACGGGUGAACCUCUCUCUGCCCACGAAGCGUUAAUGCACGGGCUGGUCAGCAAGGUGGUACCAGAAGAAAAGCUGGAAGAAGAGACCAUGAAAAUAUCUCAGAAGAUAUGUGAAAGUAGCAAAUCCGUCCUGGCCUUGGGGAAGGCCACCUUUUACAGACAGAUAACCCAGGACCUUGACACUGCUUACAAAAUAACUACUAAGGUCAUGGUUGAUAAUUUGACUUUGAGAGAUGGGCAGGAAGGCAUUGAAGCCUUUGUUCAGAAGCGUAAGCCUGUCUGGUCACACUCUCAGGAGGAGAAGAAAUGAGUCCUGUCCCUAAACAAACCUUGCUGUGCUUUAUGAUUCUUCACACAGUUGCCUUUGGGAACUAUAUUUUUAUUCUCACUGAAAGUUAAAUUUCUCUUCUUACAAAUGCCAGACACAAUAAAUUUACUCUAAGUAUGUAAUAAAUGUUAAGAAAAGUCAAAGAA